CAUCGCUUUGCACGCUUUGCUCACUCGCUCAUAACCUUUCAAUUCCAACCUCCAAAUUCUCCCCAAAAAGUCAAAAUUCAAAAUCCCACAUCCUCGAAAGAAUUAUCCACCGUCUCCUUUUUUUCCCUAAAAAGAACUUUAAUCACAAGUUCUCGAACCUUAACACAAUUCUUAUAUUCCAACCUCCUUAUUUUCAUAUCGUGAAAAUUCUAUACCUCUCAUCUCCGGCAAGCAACGUCUUUUGGGUUGAUUCUGAUCGAUACUUUUGGUUGGGUUUACCAUCCACCCACGUUUUUUGAUCACUUAAGCGGGGUACGAGUUCACCAUCGCAACUUACUGGGUCAUUUCGCAUAAGACAUCCCUCAGCUGAACAACAACUUCUCGAACUCUUCAACUUUUCAACAAUCUAAAUCCAACUCUCACGCCAUUCACUUUGAUUUAAUCGAACUUAAAUUCGAGAAAUCAUGUCUAGAAUGGGUGAUCCUUAUCGAAAUUCCUCGGAAACCCUAAGCAGCCGUGGCGGUGGGGGGAACCGUUGGGACAGUGAACGGUUCGCCUCGGAGCGCGACCGAGUCCGUUUCGCACCCGAUCGAGACGAACGAGAUUCCCGAUUUCUCAGAGCUACAGGUGGCCAUACACGAGAACGGUCUUAUGAUGAUGUUUACGAACGUCGAGGUCCACGAGGAUACGAAGAGGAGCGAGAACAUUACGACGAACGGGAUUAUUACGAUUCACCCAGGCUUCAACGUGAACCAGAACCAGGACGACAAAGAUCUACAACUAUUACAUUGGAAAGAGAGCGAGAGAGGGAAAGGGAUGAUUCCCCACCACCUCCUCGAAGAGCUGGUGGCAGACCCGCAUUUUUGAGAAGACAGAGUUCUCUUGAUACAUUUGACCGCAAGCCGCUGGUUAGGUAUGAGAGAGAAGCCGAGAGGUUGAGGGAUGAGUAUGGUCCACCUGCCAGACGCCCAGAUGUUAGGCCACCACCUUUGACACCUGUUCCACUACCAAGAGCUAGAGGACUGCCCCCACCUAGAAGAUAUGCUGAGAGAGAUUACGACGAAAUCAAGGUCGCAGAACCCGACUUCUAUGGUGAUGAAGACUUCAGAGCUUAUCCCGAAAGAAUUAGAGAAAGAGAAAUCGUCAGACGAAGGAGAAGAAGUCACGAGAGAAGAGGCAGCCAUGAGAGAAGAAGCCACAGAAGUCAUAGCAAGGAGAGUCGUUCGACUGCCACAAGAAGCGUUAGAAGCGAGAGCGUUAGCUCAUCUGAUAGUGGUACUACGAUAUCAGUAAGAAGUGAGUUCCCUAAGAAGGGAAAGACAAGAAUGCCAGCUAGGUUGGUCAGCAAGAAAGCUAUCAUCGAUUUGGAUUAUCCUUUCGAAGAAGAGGGUGACACGAUCAUCAUUCAAAAGGCACUUGGAAGAGAAAAUAUUGAUGAGGUCAUCAAGUUGAGUGAGGAAUACAAAGCGGCUGAGAAAGUCAAAGUCGAAGAGACGAAAGAGGUAGAGACAACUCUAACAACAUACCUCAUUGCUCCAGAACUCGAAAUGUCAGGUGGCCGAUCAGAAGCUGGAACUGUGAUCGAAGAACGUACGGAGGUCUUCACUAUUCCACCACCCCCACCACCAGUAGUACAUCACGCACCUCCGCCUCCUCCAUCGGUUGUACACCAUGUCCCUCCGCCUCCUCCAUCAGUUGUACACCAUGCUCCUCCACCUCCUCCAUCCGUACACUAUCCGCCUCCUCCAGAGUCAGUUCACUAUCCUCCCCCGCCAGAGUCAGUUCACUACCCGCCUCCUCCGCCAGAGUCAGUUCACUAUGCACAUCCACCUCCAACUCCAGCUCAAUGGGUGCCACCUCCCGCAUCGGUUGUAUAUGCGCCACCACCUCAACCAGUCAUAUAUGCACCACCACCGCCACCUCAACAGCAUGUUGAGAUCCACGAAUCCACUAAGAUCGUCGAACGUUCUCCAUCUCCAGCACGAAGCACAUACUCUCAUCAUAGUCACCAUAGCCACCAUACUCAUCACCAUAAUGACCCCGUCAUAUUGGAAGGACGCCCUAGAUCGCGAGACGAAGAGAGCGUCUUUUACGAAAAGCGGGAGAUCAUCGAGCGCACAGAGCCUAUCGGUGCAAUGACUUUAUCACACUCUCAUAGUCAUCGUAAGGAUGAACGCUCCAUUCGAGCUGAGAUCAAAGCUCUCGAGGCCGAGAAGGAAGCACUCAAAGCGGAUCGACGCGCUAACCGAGAGUUGCGCCGCGCGGAGCGUCUUCGUCGUUCAGGGGCCCGACAUAGCGACAGCCAGUUGGUACUUUAUGAAGAGGAAAUCCAUGAUGGUAGAGAUGUGACCGUUGUAAGAAGGGAAAGGAUUGUGGAGCCUGAGGGAGGUGUUAGGAUCGAAAAGGACCGAAAAGCUCCUCCACCAAAAUUGGUUAGAGCCAUGUUGGCUACCCUGACUUAAUUUUUUACCACUUUGACAAUAAAUACCUUUGCUUUAUAUCACGCAUUUCGAGCGUUUAUUGAGUCGAGAUAGAUUAAUGAAUGGCGUUGACACAUAUUACCUUGUGGCUGGUUGGACGGAGCUCGUUAAUUUCAUGCAGGCAGAAAUUGUACUUUUUCUUAAUUUACUUUUUGAAUUCUUUUCACGGCAUGGCUAUCUAGACUGUAUCUGACAUGGAGGGAUUCAUGGGAGGGAUAUUGGACAUGGAAAUGGUUCAUACGAUGAUGAUAUUUACAGCUGCAAUUUUACGUUUUAUUGCUUUUCGUCUUCUGCUUUUCUAGUUGGAAGAUACAUUAGUUAGGAUACCUACCGAUACGUACAGCUUUUGUGCUUUCUCCCUCUCUUCUCUUUCUCUUGCUCCUUUUCUUUUUCUUUUGCUGCUGAAUACGUAUGCAUUUUGCACGGUUUAAUGAAGUUACGAAAUACUUUUUUUUCUUCUUUCUCUCUUUGGUAAUUUGGUUUGGUAAUGGGUGGGUGGGUGGAUGGAUGGAUGGGUGGGUAUUUGGGAAAGCUGUA